GAGCAGCAGAUGCUGGAACUCGCUCGUCUCGUCGUGGGUGUUGCCCGUUCACCUCCAGCUCGAGUCAACGCUGCUCUCGACCACAGCCUGCAAGCUGCUACUAACGUCGAUGAGGUGCUGGCUGCUGCCGUUGCUCCUCCGCGUCUCCCUCUUGCGGAGGCUGAUGAACUGGUGGCCCUCCGCCGCGAGAACUACCGGCUGCAGGCAGACCUCUCCGACGCCAAAGAUAAACUCGCUGAAGAGAUGAACCUGCGGACCAAGUCGGACUACUUCCUCGUCUCGGCCAACUCCGAGUGCGACCAAGCUCUGGACCUCGUCCAGGCCAUGUGCGUCCAGCUCAGCAACGCCAGUGCUCAGUUGAUGCAAGCGAACGCGGCCAUCGCUCACCACGCUGACGUCACUCAGUCGUUGGAGAAGCGGACGCUCGUUGCUGAGGCCGCUGCUGUACGUCGGAACACCCAGCUCCACGAGCGUAUAAGUGCAAGCCUCGUUACCUACAACACUCAGUUGGAGAGGCUUCGGAAGCAGUUGGCCGACCGCGACCGAGCAAACGUCAUCCCCGCACGCAUUCAAGCGUUGACGGACGAGAACAACAGCUUGCGGCGAGCGAAUUCUAUCCUUCGUCGGCACUCGGCAGCACACGGACUCGACGUCGACACCUUGGUCCUGGCCUCAGCC